AUGAAGCAGCUCCCAAAAGUCAAAAUCUUUGGAAUGGGUGGAACUAUAGCAAGUAAAGGAACAACUAACUCGCAGACAGCUGGAUAUAAAGUGGGUCUUACUGUAAAAGACUUGGUUGAAGCAAUUCCAUCACUCGAAGAUGUUGCUCAUUUAGAUUAUUUGCAGGUAGCUAAUGUCGGAUCAAAGUUAUUGAAUAGCUCACAUUUAUUGAAAUUAUAUGCGGCUAUUACCGAAGCUUUUGACGGGAAUAUUGACGGAGCGGUCGUCACACAUGGGACUGAUACAAUCGAAGAAACCAGUUUUUUUUUGGACUUGACAAUAAAAUCUGACCUACCUCUUGUUAUAGUAGGCGCCAUGAGACCUUCCACGGCUAUUUCUGCUGACGGGCUCAUGAAUCUAUAUCAGGCAGUUAAAAUUGCCAGUUCAGAAACUUCAAAAGAACGUGGUCCGUUAGUAGUCUUAAAUGAUAGAAUAGCAAGUGGGUUUUGGACAACAAAAAUGAGUGGAUUUGCUUUAGAUACCUUUAGAUCUGGAGAACAGGGAUAUCUUGGUGUAUUUCAGAAUAACCAGAUUGAGUGGUACUAUCCUCCAAUUCGACCUUAUGGCCAUCAAUAUUUUGAUAUAUCUAAAACGGAUGAGUUACCUGAAGUGAUAAUUUUGUAUGCGUAUCAGGGAUUGAAUCCCGGACUCAUAUACAGUGCUGUUGAAUUGGGGGCUAAGGGUCUUGUAUUUGCCGGAUUUGGAGCGGGGCAUUGGACAGAUGAGGGUAAUAAUGUUGCAAAAGAAGUCUGGGAGAAAUACGGUGUGCCAACUGUAUAUUCUCAUCGUACAGUUGAAGGUAGUGUUCCAGUCGCAAAUGUCAAUCAUUUCGAAGGUGCAGUUGCUUCUGGAAUACUCAACCCUCAGAAAGCUCGGAUUCUUCUUCAAUUAUGCAUUAAUGCUGAUUACAGCAUUGUUGAAAUUAGAGAAUCUUUUUCAUCAGUUUACGGAGGUUAG